AGGGUGGGGCUAAGCAAGUUUCUGCAGCAGGAGAGGAGGAAAUGUUUUGGAGGAAUUGUGUUGGGUUGGGCUUCUAAAAGCGGUUGAAGCUGCUUGUUCCAGCCAGAGAUGGGAAGAAAGUUUUUACUGUCACUCACUCCUCUUUGAAGGGAUAACUGGAGGUGGUAGCAGCCCAGGCUCUCUCCUUCGUGUCCCACCAGAAGGAGUCCUGACUCCCCCUGUCAUAGCUGUGGAGCUUGUACCAAGGAGAGAGGAGGGAACUCUGGCGCCAGUGGUUCUCAGCACACAUUUGCCACAAUCUCUCACGUUGCUGUGCGAGGUAUCAUCGGGGAUUCUGAAGUGGACAGUGAUAUUGACACAAGUUAUUUAGAAGAAGAAAAGCAAGACAAUUUCCAUAGUUGUUUGACGCCUCCUCAGCGAUUAGUUUUCUGGGGACAUUUAGUUAAUUUCCCAGGCUUGCCUUGAUAGAAGAAUUGGAACUGGUGAUACCUGUUUCAAAGAAAACAAUAGUGUGAAGAAUCAUAACUUACUGCCAGAAAUGGCUCUUUCAGUGGACUCAGCUUGGCACCGGUGGCAAUGGCGAGUCAGAGAUGCGCUCCCUCAGUCGCCAUCAGAAGCCACACCACUGUUGUCCCAAGAGAAGGGGAGGCAAAGCUACAACCUGACACAGCAGCGGGUCGUGUUCCCCAACAACAGCAUGUGCCACCAAGAUUGGGCAGAGGUCUCCAGGAGAUACUCCGGCAACAGAAUCUGCACAACCAAAUAUACCUUCCUCACCUUCCUGCCGCAGAAUCUCUUUGAGCAGUUUCAUAGAUGGGCUAACCUCUAUUUUCUGUUCCUGGUGAUUCUGAACUGGAUGCCCUCCAUGGAAGUUUUCCACAGAGAAAUCACCAUGUUACCAUUGGCCAUUGUACUAUUCAUCAUCAUGGUCAAGGAUGGCAUGGAGGACUUCAAGAGACAUCGUUUUGAUAGAGAGAUCAACUGCUCCAACAUCUGGAUAUAUGAAAGAAAAGAGAGGAGUUACGUGCAGAAGUGCUGGAAGGAUGUGCGUGUGGGAGACUUCAUCCAAAUGCAGUGCAAUGAGAUCAUCCCAGCAGACAUACUCCUCCUCUUCUCCUCAGACCCCAGCGGGAUCUGCCACCUGGAAACUGCCAACCUGGAUGGAGAGACAAACCUCAAACAAAGACGUGUUGUGAAGGGCUUCUCACAGCAGGACGUACAGUUUGAACCUGAACAUUUCUGCAAUACCAUUGUGUGUGAGAAACCAAACAACCACCUCAACAAAUUUAAGGGUUAUAUGGAGCAUCCUGACCAGACAAGGACCGGCUUUGGCAGUGAGAGUCUUCUACUUCGAGGCUGCACCAUCAGAAACACCGAAGUGGCCAUUGGCAUCGUCAUCUAUGCAGGCCAUGAGACAAAAGCCAUGCUGAACAACAGUGGCCCACGGUACAAACGCAGCAAGAUUGAGCGGCGCAUGAACACAGACAUCUUCUUCUGCAUUGGGCUCCUCUUCCUUAUGUGCCUCAUUGGAGCUGUAGGUCACCGCCUCUGGAAUGGGACCUUUGAAGAACACCCUCCCUUUGAUGUGCCAGAUGCCAACGGCAGCUUCCUUCCCCUUGCCCUUGGGGGCUUCUACAUGUUCCUUACGAUGAUCAUCCUGCUCCAGGUGCUGAUCCCAGUCUCCCUGUAUGUGUCCAUUGAGCUGGUAAAGCUCGGGCAAGUCUUCUUCCUGCACAAUGACCUUGACCUGUACGAUGAAAAGACCGAUUUAUCCAUUCAGUGUCGAGCCCUCAACAUCACUGAGGACUUGGGCCAGAUCCAGUAUGUCUUCUCUGACAAGACGGGGACACUGACCGAGAACAAGAUGGUCUUCCGGCGUUGCACUAUCAUGGGCAGCGAGUAUUCUCACCAAGAAAAUGCCAAACGACUGGAGACCCCAAAGGAGUUGGACUCAGACAGUGAAGAGUGGACCCAAUACCAGUGCCUGUCAUUCCCAGCCCAACGGGCUCAGGGCCCAGCAACACUGAGGGGCCAAGGAUGGGCUCAGCCUCUGAGGAGGUGCCAUAGUGCCCAGGUACCCAUCCAGGGCCACUCACGACAGAGGUCUAUAGGGCGCUGUGAAAGUUCACAGCCUCCUGUGGCCUUCAGCAGCCCCAUUGAAAAAGAUGUGACUCCAGAUAAAAAUCUACUGCCCAAAGUGCAAGAUGCUGCACUGUGGUUGGAGACAUUGUCAGACACGAAACCUGCCAAGACUUCCCUCUCCACCAUCUCCUCCAUUGCUGACUUCUUCCUUGCACUAACCAUCUGCAACUCUGUCAUGGUCUCCACAACCACUGAGCCAAGGCAGAGGGUCACCAUGCCACCCUUGACCAAGGCUCUGGGGACAUCCCUGGAGAAGAUUCAGCAGCUCUUCCACAGAUUGAAGCUUUUGAACCUCAGCCAAUCAUUCUCAUCUACUGCACCCUCUGAUAUCGACCUGGGGGAGAGUUUGGGGGCCAACAUGCCUACCACAGACUCAGAAGAGAGAGACGAUGCUUCUGUGUGCAGUGGAGGCUACUCCACCGAUGGUGGCUAUAGGAGCAGCACAUGGGACCAGGGCGACAUCCAGGGGUCUGGAUUGGAUGCUUCCUUCGAGAAGGUUCUGGAGGCCCCAGCUCUAGGACUGGCCAGCCCUGAGCUUUAUUAUGAAGCUGAGAGCCCUGAUGAGGCAGCCCUGGUACACGCAGCCCAUGCCUACAGCUUCACGCUGGUGUCCCGGACACCUGAGCAGGUGACUGUGCGCUUGCCCCAGGGCACCUGCCUCACCUUUGACAUCCUCUGCACCCUGGGCUUUGACUCUGUCAGGAAAAGAAUGUCUGUGGUUGUGAGGCACCCACUGACGGGUGAGAUCAUCGUCUACACCAAGGGCGCAGACUCGGUUAUCAUGGACCUGCUGGAAGACCCAGCAUGCGGAGCCACUGGAAUCGAAGACCGGCUACAAGAAGGGGUUCCAGACACAAUUGCAGCUCUGCGGGAAGCUGGGAUCCAGCUCUGGGUCUUGACUGGAGAUAAGCAGGAGACAGCAAUCAAUAUCGCCUAUUCCUGCAGAUUGUUAGAUCAGGCUGACACUGUUUACUCCAUUAAUACAGAAAGUCAGGAAACCUGUGAAUCCAUCCUCAACUGUGCACUGGAAGAAGUAAAGCAAUUUCAUGGACCACAGAAGCCAGACCGCAAGUUCUUUGGGUUCUGUCUACCUUCCAAGACACUACCCCCCACCUCAAGAGCUGCAGUUCCAGAAGUUGGAUUGGUCAUUGAUGGGAAGACAUUAAAUGCCAUUUUCCAGGGAAAGCUGGAGAUGAAAUUUUUGGAGUUGACUCAGUAUUGCCGGUCUGUCCUAUGCUGCCGUUCCACCCCACUCCAGAAGAGUAUGAUAGUCAAGCUGGUGCGAGACAAGUUGAGCGUCAUGACCCUUUCCAUAGGUGAUGGAGCAAAUGACGUAAGCAUGAUUCAAGCUGCUGACAUUGGAAUUGGGAUAUCUGGACAGGAAGGCAUGCAGGCUGUUAUGUCCAGCGACUUUGCCAUCUCCCGCUUCAGACACCUCAAGAAGCUGCUGCUUGUGCAUGGCCACUGGUGUUACUCACGCCUGGCCAGGAUGGUGGUGUACUACUUCUAUAAGAACGUGUGCUAUGUCAACCUGCUUUUCUGGUACCAGUUUUUCUGUGGCUUCUCUGGCUCCACUAUGAUCGAUUAUUGGCAGAUGAUAUUCUUCAAUCUCUUCUUCACCUCCUUGCCUCCUCUCAUCUUUGGAGUCCUCGAUAAAGACAUCUCUGCAGAAACACUCCUGGCAUUGCCUGAACUGUACAAGAACGGCCAAAACUCUGAGUGCUACAACCCAAUGACUUUCUGGAUUUCUAUAAUGGAUGCAUUCUACCAAAGCCUUGUUUGUUUCUUCAUUCCUUACCUGACCUACAAGGAUUCAGAUAUUGACGUCUUUACCUUUGGGACACCCAUCAAUACCAUCUCCCUCACCACAAUCCUCUUACAUCAGGCAAUGGAAAUGAAGACCUGGACCAUUAUCCAUGGGCUUGUUCUUUUAGGCAGCUUCCUGAUGUAUUUCGUGGUAUCCCUUGUUUACAAUGCCACCUGUGUCAACUGCAACAGUCCCACCAAUCCUUAUUGGGUGAUGGAAGGCCAGCUCUCAGACCCCACUUUCUACCUCGUCUGCUUCCUCACACCGGUCAUGGCUCUUCUCCCAAGGUAUUUUUUCCUAUCUCUGCAAGGGACUUAUGGGAAGUCUCUGAUCUUAAAAGCUCAGAAAAUUGACAAACUCCCCACAGACAAAAGAGACCUAGAAAUCCAGAGUUGGAGAAGCAGACAGAAGUCUAUCCCUAUUCCUGGAGAGGGUCAGUGCACCCAUCGUCCAGUGCCACCUGUCCCCAAACAAGACUUCAGAGCCAGCACCCCAAAGAGCUCUAGCCCUCACAAGUGGAAGUGCAAGGAGGACUGGGCGCUUCAUGGAGAAAAAUGCAGCAGAGACCAUCUGAAGGAUCACCCAUGCCCAGGGGAUUCCUCAGCUAAACUCUCAUCCAGGGAAUACCCGCUUCUGGGGCCCAGUAUGACAAUGGCUUCAGGAGCCUACUCAAGUAAAAAGACUGAUGAGUACAGGCCCUCAAGCAAAGGCAGUCAUCGCAGAUCCCAGAGUUCACUGACCAUAUGAAUGGCCUGCAGAAAUCUGUACAAACUCAGAGGAAGCCACUCAAUCAAUAGCCUAAUUAACACAUGACUCUUCCUCUUCAUGGAGGAAAGGAUAUACCAGUCUCCCGACCAGGCUUGACUUCCUUGGAAAAGUGCUGGCUUCAAGGGCUAUGAAAAGGACUGGAAACCAGUCAACCUCUAGCUUUCUCCUGCUGCCAGGCAGCACAUCAUGCAAACAGAACUUUUAUAAGGAAGCUGUUUCUAAUGGAUUGAGUUUUAAAAUUUUUUACCCCAGAGACAUUCUUGUGACCCUCUAGGUAAGUAGGUGGCCAACACAAAUGAGGCAUAAUUUUCCAAGAUUCCAAGAGAUCUAUCUACCCAGGCAAUCUCUUAGGAUAUGGAAGUUAUUGGGCUUGUCAAACCAUCACCUCAUCUCAUUGUUCCAAGAGUUAAAGUUUUGGAAGAGACCCAUACACACAGGUACUUCAUCUCCAGUGUAUUGCAGUGAUUAAGGUAACACCUAUAUAUUAAGUAAAAUCCCUGUAUAUUAGGGAUGGAUGCAACAUUUGUGACAAGUAUUUGAGCCUAAGAGUCAUAACCACCCCACAAGUUGACUUAUCACUUUACUAACUUCUCAGCAAAGAUGUACAAAAAAAUUUCAACAAUCAAAUUGGCAAAUGGCAGACUGAGCUCGUCCUCUCACCAUCCUGCUGACAAACCUGAACUGGAAGGAUCAUUUGAAGCAUUGUAUCCCUGGAACCAGUACACUAAAUCUCUUUUACUGGCUAUGUCACAUAAUGAUGCCAAUAAUGGCCAACAGGAGAAUCCUAUAUGCGGAUUGUCAGAGAAGGACCAGGUGAACACAUCAGGCAAAGCAGUAAUGAUAGUAAUCAUUCCAAAUGAGAGGAUUGAGCCAAAACCUGGAUCUCGGGUCCUCCCUUUCCCCAUUUGAUUCCUACCUACUCUUGAAAGUCAGAUUGAAACAGGUAGGAUGUUUCAGAGAACAGAGUAGUGGGAAGAACACUGGCCUCAGGAAAUCUGGGUUUGAGUCUUUGCUUCUGUACUAAGAGCCAGGAGCCUUGAAACAAGAUGCCACACUUGCAAAUUAGGUUAGAACUGCCCUACCUUCUAGGCUUGACAUAAGGAUCAAGUCAAAAUUACAAAAGGGACUUGAAAACGCUUUGAAAGCUGUAACACCCUCAGUAAUAACACAGGGAUUUGCAUGUCAGAGCUAAGGGGAAACAAGGUGAUGGGAAAGUUGUAAAAAUGACCAUAGUACCUAAAUGCAGAACCAUACCUGACAUUGCAUGUCGCUUUCUUUAUUGUGUGACCAACCAUCACAGUUUGCCUGGGGUUUUCCAUGGUUUAGCACUGAAUGGCCCACAUCCUAGGAAACACCUCAGCCUUGGGCCAUCUGAGACAGCUGGUAACCUACUCUUGCCCACCUAUGAAACCAAACCAACUGUGACCAUCCAACAUGCCAUCUUAAGGGAAAAAGUUUUCCUGUAACAUUAUGCUAAUGAUUGUACUUAGUACAUUUUUAUACUUUUAUGACCUUUUACUGAUUGACUAGAAAUGUGUUAUCCUUUAUUAGAAAAAAGAAAUAAACAUUGUUUUCCAUAAUUGCUUGCAGUUGUAAGUACCCUCUCAUCCAUCUGUCCAUCCUUCUUUGCAUUCAUUUAUUCAGUUGUCUGUCCAUCCAUUUAUAUAUCCAAUAAACUUCUGUUAAUCCCCUA